AGUUAAAAACCUGGCAACAUGGCAAGUUAUAACGAUAAUGAAAAUGGCGUCGUGUCGCCAGGAUCAGUAAAAAAGAUUAAUAAAUCCAUUGAAAUUUUAUGACUUAUGAGACAUCAAUACAAAAUUAUAUUAAAAUCUUGUUAUAUAUUGCAUCAGAAAGAUAAAUUAAAUAAUAUCUACUCAAAACUGAGAAGAACAACUGAAUGAUAAGACGGAAAAGAUUGAACGAUACCGUAAAAACCGUACAAGGUGCGGGCUGUGUAAUUAAAAAGUGACCUGUACAGUGUUAUGAAACUUUUCAUUGUUAUUUAUUAAGGACUCUGCUGCCUACUGGCAAGCCAGCACGGUAUACUAUGUGCCGGGUUGCGCUAGAGUUAAAAUAAAAUGGAAAAAAGUCGACAUGGAAAAAAAGACAAAUCGAGAAAAUCUAAAAGACGUAAAAACAGAGAUGAGAGUUCUUCCGCCGUAGCUCCUAAACCUCUCGUAGAAUAUUCUGAUGUUAGUUCUGAAGAUUUAUCAGGACCUGAAGCUGGUGAAAUACAAAGUGGCGAAGAGGGUGAAUUUCAGCCUGUAGAAGACGGUGAAGUGGGUGAUUUUCAAGAAUACACAGAAGAGUUCGCUGAAACCAUGCAUAGAAAUCACAGAAGGACUUAUAUGGAACAAAUCUAUUUGUCAAGAACUUCAAGCUUGUUAAUGCCUUCUCCAGGCCGAAGGCAUAGAUUAGAUCCAAAUUUGAUGCCCCGCUCUCCGACACCACCAAUUGUGAUAACAACUAGAGAAAGACAUCAAUCGGCUUCGGAUUCGUCAAAAUCUAGUGAAAUAAGACGUCGAAUUGUGGAAGUUGUUUCGCCGUAUUCCAGUGAAGAAUACGAGAAUGUGGAUAAGAAGAAGAAAAAGAAAAAGGAGAAGAAGCAUAGGAAAGACAAAAAAAGCAAAAAGAAAAAGAAGAAAAAGCACAGGUCGAGAAGUUCCAGUGUAGAUACUGACUCAGACUCAGGAUCUAAGGGUAGUAGUACAAACACACCUCCAAAAUUGGUACCUGAUCGAGACAGGGAACGUGAACCUUUGAGCGAUUGGGAACCUCACGAGCAAGCUACCGUUAAACUUGUUGAUACUAAAAUUGAUACGGGCGCAUGUUCACCCGUGUCAAAUGACAGUCAUAUAGCAUCACCAGAACCGUUGUCACCUCCGUCAGCGACGCCACCUUUGAAAGCGUACCGGAAUGAUUACACCCAUGAUUACCCAAGAGAAUCGCCCCAUACCCCGCCAAUACAUGGACAUCAUCACUCUAGCAGGUCUGUUUCAAAUCACCAUGUGACAAUUGUAAGAGAUGUGACAUCUCCUAUAAUUAUAGACGAUUACAGCAGAAACUCGCCUUCUAUAAGAACCUUAUCACCUGAGAUGCACACCAAUAGUCACAAACAUAGCAGAUCAAUGUCUCCGGGUAGUAGAAGAAGAAGAGCAGAUGCUCAUCGAAAACAUCGGAGAGACAAAGAGAGGAUGAGGGAGAAAAAAAGAUUAUCCAGGAGUCGAAGUCCACUAAAUCGACGGCGAUCUCCCAGUUAUUCUCGAAGCAGACACUACAGCCCAUCGCCAUCGAGGAGUAGCAGGAGUAAAAGGCACAAAUCGCGGAGUCCUAGAAGAGAUAAAAGUCCUAGGCAUAGGCAUAGAAGCCCUUCGCCCCGCUCUAUCAAACCAUCACAACUAACGAAUAAAAUAACAGAUACUAGUCUGUUUGCAGAAUUAGUUAAAGAUCGACAUAAGAGAGAGCAAGAACUGAAACGGUUAGAACAAAGCCUGAGAUCGGAAAGGGAUUAUGAAAAUAAUAAACAAGAGGUUAUAACGAUACAGGACGAUGUGGAUGGUAAAGUUGCCGAGGCACCGUCAAACGCGGCAUCAAUACCAAUGGAUAUUGAUGACAUACCUAUACCAGAUUCGAAACCUGUUGAAGCAACACAGCCUAGUGAACCGCCAAUUCCUAACAACAAUUUACAGAUUCUGAGCCAAAAACCAGCCAUUAUUAAUAAUACUCCAAUAAAAGCAAACGAUGUUAUUAAACCUAAGCCAAAGAGUGUUACCAAUCUGCCUAUGCCACCUGGAAUGGACCAAACAGAGUUGGAAGCCAUAGAAUCGCCACCUAGUAGAUCCCCAACGCCGCCACCUCCUAAACCAAAAACGCCACCAUUGAAUACCAGAAAAAGUAUAAAGGAUUUGCCAAUGCCACCAGUUAUACCGGGAACAGAAGAACUUAGUGGUGAUGACGACAUACCUACAACGCCUCCUAGGAACAACACUAAAGUUAUAGACAAGCCCAAACCUCUAGCGAAACCAAAACUAGUAAAACGGCCGAGAAUAUUGAAACGUCGUAAUUCGAGGAAUUUCCAAAUGAGUGGCAAAGAUUGGGGCGAAAGGUGUGUCGAUAUGUUCGAGGUAAUCGCACAAAUUGGAGAAGGGACAUACGGCCAAGUGUAUAAAGCUAGGAUGUGCGCCAACGAACUAGUGGCUCUAAAGAAAGUAAGACUGGAAAAUGAGAAAGAAGGCUUUCCUAUCACAGCAGUUCGGGAGAUUAAAAUCCUGAGGCAGCUAAAUCACAAAAACAUAGUUAACCUACGAGAAAUCGUCACCGAUAAACAAGAUGCGGUGGAUUUUCGAAAAGAAAAAGGGUCCUUUUACCUUGUGUUUGAAUAUAUGGAUCACGACUUAAUGGGUCUUCUUGAAUCUGGCAUGGUUGAUUUUAACGAACUGAACAAUGCGUGUAUAAUGAAACAACUGUUGGAUGGUUUGAACUAUUGCCACAAGAAGAACUUUCUUCAUAGGGACAUAAAGUGCAGUAAUAUUUUAAUGAAUAAUAAGGGGGAGGUGAAACUAGCGGACUUCGGAUUGGCCCGACUGUACAACGCGGACGACACAGAGCGACCCUACACCAACAAAGUGAUCACGUUGUGGUACAGGCCGCCAGAGUUGCUAUUGGGAGAGGAACGAUAUGGUCCGGCAAUUGACAUAUGGAGCUGUGGCUGCAUCCUAGGGGAACUCUUUCUCAAGAAACCAGUAUUUCAAGCAAACACAGAAAUGGACCAAUUGGACCGAAUAUCGAAGAUAUGUGGCACUCCUACCCCAGCUGUUUGGCCUAAUGUAGUUAACUUACCAUUAUUUCGUACAUUAAAGCCAACUAAGAUUUACCGAAGAAAAUUAAGAGAAGUCUUCGUUUUUAUGCCAACCUCUGCUUUGGACCUUUUAGACAGGAUGUUAGAUUUGGACCCUGUCAGACGUAUUACGGCUGAAGAUGCUUUGAAGGGACCUUGGUUGAGAAAUAUCAACUUUGAUCAAAUUCAAGCACCCGAAUUACCGACAUGGCAGGAUUGCCACGAGUUAUGGAGCAAGAAGCAGAAACGUAAGCGACAACAAGAGGCGAUACAAAAUUUGCCCCCUGGAAAGCCGGCGCUACUGACCCGAGGCGAUAAGUUAACCGGCAAACCUGAAGAGAACGAAGGGGGCUCGUCUAAAGUUUUAAAAAUGGAAGCUUACGAUGCAGCGGUUCUAUCCUAUGCCCUAGCUACAGCAGCAAUUAAAAGUCGUCCUGGACAAGGAUUACUAGGUAUUGCCCCAGGAUUACCGUCAAUACCGAGUCCUAAAGAAACAGAAGAAGUCGAUUCUAGAAGCUAUUUGUAUCAAUUGUUAUACAAUAUGGAGCAAAUGAUUAUUAAUAAAACUGCGGUGCCUUUGUCACUUCUUAUGGAAGUUUGUAGUAUGAAGCAAUCUGAAGUCUUAGAGAAGGGUGAAUCUCAAAUAAUCAUCACACUGGAAUCUUUACUAGCAGAACUACGAUCAAUAUGUAAAGCAAAUCCUGGUGCAAUUCAUUUGCUUACUUUAAGUUUUGAAGAUGAUCAAAGUACUACAUCUUUAAAUACUGAAAAAGUUUGUAAAUCAUUAUCUGAUUUGUUACGCCAGUUUGGUCUACAAAAUGGAGCAAACAUAGUGAAAAAUCACUCUAAGAAAUCAUCCUAAUAUUAUAUACUGUACCAUAUUUUAUUUUAAAAUUAUAUUAACGACAUAG